UGAAGAAGAAAGAGAGGCAGAGCAAUGGUUUUAUUAUUGCAGGUUGUGCUGUUUUACCGCACAUACAAGUUGCGCUCUUGGGGACUAUCCCUUUAUGAAGUCUGCAAAGUGUGAAGGAGAUGUUCAUCCGCUGAGUUUGGUGAAAGAGGGUAAAAAAGGGUACUCUGCUUGUAGAAACUGCGGCGAUUCUUGUGAUGGAAAUUUGGCAUUUGAAUGUGGGCGUUGCAAGUUCAAUGUGCACGCAUUUGGGCCUUGUUACCACCAACAGCUUAUGCAAGGCCGAAUAGGUUUCACCAUGCCUUUCCCUUACUCUCGUUCACUUCUCCUCUACUUGCACCCUUAUCAAAGAUCGGGGAGCAAGCGCAUCUCGUUGGGGCCGUACGGCGGAAAAGGCGGGAAUCCUUGGAAUGAAAGAGCUUUCUUGACGAUCAGACGGUUGGUGGUGAAUCAUGGGCGAUGGAUUGACUCUAUCCGAAUAGAAUAUGAGAAGAAUGGGAACUCAUUUUGGUCUGCAAAGCAUGGCGGAGAUGGAGGUUCCAGAUCUGAGGUGGUUUUAAAUUAUCCAGAUGAAUAUCUUGUUACGAUUGAAGGCUGCUAUGGCGACAUACAUUUGGGUGGAAUUGCAACCACUCUUAUACGAUCGCUGACUGUAACAAGUAACAGGAGAAGUUAUGGGCCUUUUGGAAUGGAAGAAGGAACAAAAUUUUCAUUUCCAAAUGAGGGGAUGAAAAUUGUUGGCAUCCAUGGUAGGUCUGGUUCUUACCUUGAUUCAAUUGGACUCCAUGCAAUUUCAGAUCAUGAAGACGGCGAAGCUUCACAGGAAACGGCGGUGAAGAUCGAGAUUCACGGGUGCAAACAAGGUGGGAGUCCUCGGGAUGACGGCGUUAAUUCCACCGAACACGACGAGGCUUCACCGGAAACGACCGUGAAGAUCAAGAUUCGUGGGAGCGAAGAAGGUGGGAGUCCUUGGGAUGACGGAGUUUAUUCCACCGUUAGAAGCCUUGUGAUCACUCACAGAGAGUGGAUCUGUUCAAUUCAUGUCGAGUAUGAUAAGAAUGGGGAAUCAAUUUGGGGUUCCAAGCGUGGCGGAAAUGAAGGCUCCACUUCAGUGGUUUCUUUACAUUAUCCCAACGAGUAUCUAAUUUCAAUUUCUGGCUACUACGGCAACUUACAUAAGUGGAGAAUUGCGGCUACUGUGAUUCGAUCGCUGACUCUCAAGACCAAUAGAAAUACUUAUGGCCCAUUUGGGAUGGAAGAGGGAACCAGAUUUUCAUUCCCGACCAUGGGGACGAAGAUCGUCGGCUUCCAUGGCAGGUGUGGUUGGUACCUCGAUGCAAUCGGACUCUACAUACAGCCAAUUCCAAAAAGCCAACUCCAGAACUUCAGCUUGGCACCCUUUGGAGGCAGAGGUGGGAGUCCUUGGGAGUAUGUUUUUCAGUCGAUCAGACGGCUGGUGAUUAAUCAUGGGCUAUGGAUCCACUCCAUUCAAAUGCAAUAUGAGAAUAAGGAUGGGGAAUUGGUAUGGUCCAAGAAGCAUGGAAGCAGAGAUAAUGGAAGCUCCAAAUCAGAGGUUGUGCUUGAGUUUCCGGAUGAGUAUUUUGUUACGAUUCAUGGCUACUAUGGCGACGUGCAUAAUUUCGGAGAUGCGGCCACUGUGAUUCGAUCGUUGACUUUAGAAACUGAUAGAAGAACUUAUGGGCCAUUUGGAGUUGAGGAUGGAACCAAAUUUUCGUUUCCAAUCAUGGAGACGAAGAUCGUGGGAUUCCAUGGUAGAUCGGGUUGGUAUCUAGAUGCAAUUGGACUAUAUUUUGAAGCAAAUUCACAAGUACGCUCAAUCUUAUCCUUUUACUUUUCUCUCAGUAUUGUCUUCCCUCACUUUAAUUUAAUGAUGAAAAAUGUAAAAGCUUAUCGGUCAAAGAAAACCUUUGGUCCCCAUGCUAUGCUUGGAAUAAUGCCUAAAUUUUUAAAAAUAAUGAUUUAGACUCUUUAAUUUUAAA